AUGCCUCCAAAUAUUUAUUAAUCUAAUUACUUUAUAUUAACAGCUACUUUCCUAUUGGUGUGUUUUUAAUCAAUCUUCCCAAAAACUCCUUGCACUUAUCAUCAUAAAUAACCCAGCCAGAAUCAACUCAAGAAAUAUCAUUUACGAUAUUCAAACACUAUUAUAAAUGCAUUUUGA